UCCCCCCCCACCACGCUGAGCACCCAUCUUCCUCCUCCUCCUCCCACUCGCAGAACUAGAUCAGGGAUCGAUGGAGAACGGCAACGGCGUCGGCGGGGAGGCGGUUCCGAACGGGGGAGGAGCCGGGAACGGGAAGGUGGUGCAGGCGUUUGAGCGGUGCUCCGGGCAGGUGCAGGAGAUCCUGGAGCACAACCGGAUGCUGAUCCAGGAGAUCGAGCAGAACCAGGAGUCCGGCGAGGACGUCGGCCUGAACCGCAACGUGGCCCUCAUCCGCGAGCUCAACAGCAACAUCGCGCGCGUCGGCAGCCUCUACUCCGACCUCUCGGCUGCCUUCGCCAAGGGCACCCCCGCCGCCAGGGCCGCCGACGCCGCCAAGGGGUACAACAAGCGGUCGCGCCCACCCCAGUAGAAGUUCUUCUAGAUGAACCAUCCAUCCAUGCCGGCAGCAACCCCGUUUGCUUUCUCUCUUCAGUUUAGAGCCGGUCCCCAUUUGAUGAAUCUUGUUUUCUUCUUCUGCUUAGCUUUUCAUGUGUCGUUAUUUUAGCGUCGAGAGCUGAGACAUGGCUUCCCCCAUGGGCAGCUUCUUGUCAGACAAGAGUGUCAAACAAAGAUGCAGGCAGCAGCAGUGUGCGACUAUAUCGGUCUGUACUCCUAUGUGUGUUCGUACUGAUGGCUUACUGGCGCAUGUGUCCUUCAAUCAGUUCAGAUCCGAUGAAAUGGAAUGGAAUGAAUAAUGAUUGCA